AUGUCAUCGAAUUCGUUUUUACAUACAAAGGAUGAACACAACAGUUCAUACAAAUCAGGCGAUCAUUUAGAACGUUUUCGUCGACAAUCAACAGUGACUGCACAGAAACUUAUUUCUAUACCUGGCUAUCGUAGCAAUGGUACCAACAAUAGUCUUUCUCAAUCAUCAUCAAUUUUUUGUCCAAUAAAUUCAUCAGUAUAUUCUAUCAAAUCAAUUGUAAUUAGUAAUAUUGGAUCGAUCGAUGCAGCAACAUUGAGUAUUCCGAAUCAAGUACAAUCAAGUAUAAAUACAACAAAAACUAACGAAUCAACAUUGGUUUUUAAUAAUCCACCAAAAUCUCAAUGUUAUUUAUUCAAUUUUUCAUCAAAAACAUCUGCUGUUAAAUCUAACAAUAUAAAUGAUAUAAAAGUACAAUUUAUUUAUGAUGCAACUGAUAAAGGAAAAGAAGUAACGAAAUCUAAUAAUACCGGAAGUCCUAAUCUUGCACCUAUACGAAAUACAAAUACACGUUGUGGUUCUAUAACUUGUAAGAAUGGUGGUAGUUGUCUGAACAUGGGUGGAAAUAAAUAUGGAUGUCGAUGUGAUGCAUCUGGUCAAUGGUUAGGUACAGAUUGUUCAAUACCUAAUCCAUGUAUACGGAUAUCAUGUAGUAAUCAUGGAAAAUGUUAUUAUCGUACAGAUGCAACAUAUUACUGUGUAUGUUCUUCUGGAUAUUCAGGUAAUAAUUGUCAAAACUCUACGGCAACAUCUACAAUAGCUAACGCUGCUAUUCCAAAUAAUCCAUGUUUAUUAAAACGUCCUUGCUUUAAUGGAGGUACUUGUUUACCGAAGAAUAAUAUUCGUGGUGAAUUUACAUGUAUAUGUCCUCAAUAUUAUACUGGCGCGACAUGCCAAACAAAAAUUUCGUCUGCAGCUACAACUUUAGCUACAACAACUUCAUCAAAUACGUGUGGUAUUUGUGAACUUAAAUCUCGAAUUGAUUUUGGUGAUCGUAUUGUCAAUGGUCAACCCGUAUAUACUCAUACUUGGCCAUGGAUUGUUUCUCUACAAAUAAGAGGAUCACAUUUUUGUGGUGGUACUUUAAUUGAUGCCUAUCAUGUUAUUACUGCUGCUCAUUGUUUCGAUUCAUCAGGUACAUCAUCAAAUAUGUAUAAAGUACUAGCUGGUUUACUUAAUUUACGGCAAGCACAAUCAAGUAAUGUGCAACAACUGACAAUUGAUCGAAUUUUUCGACAUGAACAAUACAGUUCAACAAAAUUAAUUAAUGAUAUUGCCAUUAUAAAAUUACGUACACCUGCUCGAAUUACUUCAGUAGUCUAUCCUAUAUGUUUACCAAAUAGUAAUGGUAAUCAAGAUCCACAAAUAGGUCAAUUUGUUCAAAUAGCAGGAUGGGGUUAUACAAAUAGUGCUACAAAACAAUUAGCUCAACAAUUACAAGAAGCUAAUAUAGAAAUUCUUAAUAAUAAUGGAGAUUCAUAUGGUGGACCAAGCUGUAAUGCAUGGGCAAAACAAGGUCUUUCAAUGGAUAAGACUCGUCAAAUAUGUGCAAUGAGUCGUGAUACACGUACAGAUUCAUGUCAAGGUGAUUCAGGUGGACCAUUGAUACGUAAUAUUGGUACAAAAUGGUUUCUCUUUGGUAUAGUUAGUUAUGGUGAUACCAUAUGUGCAUCAAGUAAAGCAGCUGGAGUUUAUACACGAGUAUCCGCAUAUAUACCAUGGAUUCAACAAAAAAUUAAACUUUAA